AUGGUUGCAGCGAUUUUGUAGUUGAAGUAGUGAAAGCUAAUGUUAUUGCGUUGUCAUUUUAUUCGCCUUGUGACACAGGUUCUCAAAUAUAUAUAUAUAUAUAUAUAUAUUUUUUAAAUGAUAAUGGAGAGGUUUGAAGGCUACAUCUUCCCUGUUGUUUGUAGCACAAAUUUUUUUAUAUCAUGUCUUCUUUUUUCUAAAAUCACUCGGGAGCAAAGAGAGUCGUACAUGGACGAAAUCUUUCAUGUUCCACAAGCUCAGAAAUACUGUGAAGGGAAAUUUACCGAGUGGGACCCUAUGAUCACCACGCUGCCUGGUCUGUACCUGCUGUCAGUUGGAGUGAUUAAACCGGUCAUGUGGUUGGUGGGUUGGACAGGAACAGCCAUGUGCUCCACUGCCAUGCUGCGAUUCAUCAAUGUGCUUUUCAACUGUGGCAACCUCUACAUCCUCUAUCUCCUCAUCUGCAGAAUACACCCCAAGGACAAGUCUCGUGCGACCGGACGGCGUGUGCUCUCUGCCAUAUCUCUGUCCUCCUUCCCAGUGCUCUACUUCUUCACGUUCCUCUACUACACAGAUGCCGGCUCCACCUUCUUCACUCUCUUUGCCUACCUCAUGUGUCUGUACAGGUGCCACAAAGCUUCAGCUCUCCUGGGCAUCUGCUCCAUCUUGUUCCGCCAGACCAACAUCAUCUGGGUGGCUUUCUGUGCCGGGACGGUCGUGGCUCAGAAAAUGGACGAGGCCUGGAGGGUGGACCAGUCGAAAAAGAAGGAUGAGAAAUCGGCAUCGCAGAUCUCAUUGCAGAGAUUAGCGCACUUUUUACCGAAAUACCUCACAUCUCCGGUCAACAUAAAGAGUGUGCUUUUAUCAACCUGGCCUUACGGUGUAGUCGCUUUGGGCUUUGUCGUCUUUGUGGUGUUGAAUGCUGGGAUUGUGGUUGGGGACAGGAGCAAUCAUGAAGCCUGCCUGAACGCGCCUCAGCUGUUUUAUUUCUUCUCCUUCACGUUGAUCUUCUCCCUUCCUAUAUCCCUUUGUUACCACAGGCUUGUCAGAUUUGUGCAGUCUCUCCAGAGGCAUCCUUUCCUCUUUCUCCUGAUCACAGUUUUGUCUCUUAUCCUGGUCUGGAAAUUCACUUUUGUCCACCAGUACCUAUUAGCGGAUAACAGGCAUUUUCCCUUCUAUGUGUGGAAGAGAAUUUUCCAGAAGCACGAGCUGGUUCGCUUCCUCCUGGUUCCCGCGUAUGUGUUUGCAGCCUGGAGCUUUAUGGACACUCUGAAUUCCAAGUCAGUGUUUUGGAUCUUGGCGUUUUGCGUGUGUCUGGUGGCCGCUACGGUUCCUCAGAAGCUUCUCGAAUUCCGGUAUUUUAUCCUGCCGUAUCUGCUAUACCGCAUCCACGUCCCUCUUUCAUCCCUCCCCAGACUGCUGCUUGAGUUCGCUCUGUAUGCGGCGGUCAACGCGGCAACGAUCUACAUCUUCAUCCAGAAGACAUUCCAGUGGCCCGAUAGCCCUGCAGUGCAGAGAUUCAUGUGGUGACAUGGGACCUCUAUAAUCUUUUCACUUUUUUUAUUAAAAAAAAAAAAACAAAGUAAAUGUGAUCAUAGUUCUUAUUUCUUACUUCCUGCUUUGAACACCUUCUUACUCUACAUUCAUAUCAGUGAACACGAACAUUAUCGGGGUUAUGUUUACUGUACAGCGUGUCUGUGUUUGCUGUGUCUUUUGAGUUGUCACUUGUCUGCCAUGUGCAUAUAUUAGUAUGCCAAAUUAAAGGUUCAAGAUAGAGCUGGGCGAUAAGUGAAAUUUCUGCAUAUGUGGACAUUUGUAGAAAAUCUGGUGUUGUUAAUAGCACUGCAGCUGCCACGAAACUUUCACCUUUCAAGCACAUUGUCUCUCUUGUUGUCUAAGUCUUUGUGUGGCAGCCAAUCCGAGCGUGGGCAGAAACCAAUGAAAAUAGAAAAGAGACAGAGCUUGUGGACUGAACCAUCUGCUGAUUAUGUUUAACUUAUGUCCAACAUGACUAUCUUGAAAAAAAGGACAUUUUUCUACAGAAUUUUUAUCUCAGUCAAAUAUUUAUUGCCCAGCUCUAGUUGACUGUCGUAUCUUAUACUAAAAUAAUGAUACUCCCAUGUUUGUUCCACAUGACUUUCACAUAGUUCAGUCCCAUUGCAUCAGGUUGCUGUUGUCUCCAAAUUUAGAUUGAACUCAAGGUUUAAGCCAUGUGUCUGUUGAUAAAAGAAAGCAAUCACAUUAGUCGUAGUUCCUGUAUGUUUUCAUGUGAAUUACCUUUAUUUAUGAAAGGUACUUGUUUUCUGUAAUUGCUCUGCUGGAGUUUAAAUCCAGUGUUCAGACGCAAUAAAAAUACCGAUUAUGUAUUAUUGCCUCUUUUUGUUUCACAACUGUGUAUAACGUUCUAUUAAUGCUUUUGUAGCUACUGGGGAAUUCGGCGCUGUGAAACCAGCUGCGUAACCCACACAAUAUAAACCUACAUCACUUAUCCAACUCACCUUAUAGAGAGCUCUCUGUCUUCCACUAGGUGGCAGUAUGAAAUAGUUUCUGAAGGAAAAAUUAUUGACAUUUCUUCAUAUGUUUUAUAGUACCAGAGAGCUCUGGACAGGAAAUCAGUACCAUCUUGUCAUUACAUCUCAUUCUCUCUUGUCAGAUGUGAGAAGGUUUCACACGGUGACCGACUGUCGGAUGAGAAAAUCUCGGACCAAUUAUGAAUCAUUUGGCAUGUGUGAUGACAUUCUUGUUCUUCUUUCACAAUGCAUUAAUAAGCCAAAUACGUACUAUAUAUUGCUUGUUCAAUUAUGAGCAUAUUACAAGCUUGUUGUAAAAAAACAUUUAUUCUUUGUUGUAUCCUGCACCGCACUGUUUCGGCUGAAAUAUUGUGACUUUGUAAAUGCCUGUUUUGACCCAGGCUUGGUGUGCCUACGGGCCUCUUCUGAGCCAUUAUCACAUGGUCGAAUCCCAGAGCUCUGGUGCUUUCCCCAUGUCCUAGAUACAGCUUCUAGAAACUUCUACUAAGCAGGAAACUGGAAGAGGGCGACAAACAUUUUAUUUCACAAAGCAUUUAACAGUGUUAAUAAAAAUAAAACGUCUGUGGGGCACGUUUUCCUGACAUCAGUUAUAUCUGUCUGGAGUAGUUUUUAGUGAUGGGAAGAAGAGCCGUAAAAUAUCUAAUGAACUAUUUUGAUUUUAGAGAUUUGAUAGGACGCAUGAAUAUUAUGUCCAUCCGAAGCACAAGAGAUACUAUCUUUUAUUUGCUUCAGA